AUGGGGGAGGCACAAGAACAAAAGAAACCAAACCAUGAGGAGAAGAAAAUAGAAGAGAAGAAGAAACCAGAUAAACCAGAAGAAGCCAAAACAGAAGAAAAUAACUCAAACCAAGCUCCACCGCCGCCACAAGAGAUCAUUCUCGGAGUUUACAUGCAUUGCGAAGGCUGCGCCAAAAAGAUCAGAAGAUGCCUCAAAGGCUUCAUGGGAGUUGAAAAUGUUCAAACCGACUGCAAAACCCAUAAAGUUAUUAUCAAUGGAGAGAAAGCAGAUCCUUUGAAGAUCCUUGAGAGAGUACAGCAAAUGAGACAUCGUCAAGUCGACCUUCUCUCUCCUAUCCCAAAUCCUCGGCGGCCGCCGGCGCCGGUAGUCGAACCACCGGAGAAGAAGAAAGAUCCCACAAUCACAGAAGAACCCAAAGUGAUUACUGUUAUUCUGAAAGUCCACAUGCAUUGUGAAGUUUGUGCUCAAGAAAUUAAACGCAGAAUUUUCAAAAUGAAAGGUGUGAUGAAAAUAGAUGCAGAUCUGAAAAGUUCGCAGGUAACCUUUAAUGGAACUUUCGACCCCCCGAAGCUUCUAGAAUAUAUUUACAAACGGACCGGAAAGCACGUAGUAAUCGUGAAGCAAGAGGAGGUAGAGAAAACCAAGGAGGAGAUAAAAGGAGACGGCGGCGAGAAGGCGGCACCGGAGAAAGAGGUGGCGACAGAGGCAGCGGCAGCGCUGGAGAAAGUGGUGGCGGUGGUGACGGCGGAGGAAGGAGGGAUAGAAGUGGAAAAGGGGGCGGAAGUGAAGAAGAACGAGGUUUACUACCAUUAUAACCAACCUAUGAAUUUCCAAAUGUACCCUCCUACGAGAUUGGGGAUGGAUAUGUAUGUAGGGCAACAGAGUUAUGGCUGUUAUGCCCCUCAGAUGUUUAGCGAUGAGAAUCCGAAUGCUUGUAGGGUGAUGUAA